GUACUCGACGUGGCUGCUUAUACGUCGCGUGCAAAAGAAUACACAGUACUUUUGCUAUACCGCCAGCCGUUUACGUGAUUAGUAAUUUUCCUAUUCAGAGGCUCGAUGGGGUUUCGCAUCAAGUACACGCGUCUGGACGAGCAAAGGUGCCGUUUACUGAAGCAUCGAUUUGUGAUAACUUUGCUUAGCUUGCAAUACAUAGAUAUAUAGAUAUGGAACUAUAAACACAAUGCUGAUUCCCUCAAUCGAUGUGCUUUUUAUCAAACUUGAUAAAUGCUCAAAUAAAAGAAUUCACUUGUUCUUCAGACACAAAAUACUCAUUUUAAUUUCUCCCUAAAUAAAAAAAUAAGUUUCUGUCAAAGUUUCAUUGUGAAUAAUGUAAAGUAACUUUUAAUUAUACAACUAAAAAUAAAGAUUGAACUAUUCUUGAGAUAAUCAAGUUAUAUAGUUAUCCAUAAAUAUGUAAUCGCAUUUAUGUUAUAUCUGCACAUUUUCCAUUCCAUUACUCGAGCUUCUGAUAUAAAAAUACAAUACAAAAGACAAUACUAUAUAACAGGAAUAUUAUAUGUAAUAUCACGAAUAGAUAUCUUGCUUAGGAGGAAGGAAAACCAGUCGUUAGAUUUCACUUUCCUUCGCUGCGUGCUUUGGUCUCUGACCGUUAGCGCCGAACUGUCCGAUCCUUCUUGCGACCACGUACAACAGCACUAUGAUCUUCUCGCCUUGGUCUUUUCAUCGUGACAAACUCCUGCGAUACGUCUUCGCUGUCCCUCACGAUCCCCCACGAUACGCUCCCCUAGCAACGAAACUUUUCGCGACAUGCAUUUCAUGGAAGCUACGUUCUUCUUUACCUUACUCGUUGCAUUUUUAAAAAGAGCGUACAAUUGCAUAGUACUCGGUCGACAGUUCGACGGGGCGAGGAAUACUCCCAUUUUUAUAUUGUCCGUAAAAGUAUGAUUACAAUCUUUUGCAAAUUUUUUAUACAACAGAUGUAUAUAUAUUUAACGAGUAUGAUUGGUCAGUGAUCAAUGACAUGAAUUUACGUUCGGUUGUCGACCCGCACGGGAUUAUCACUGUUAGCGAAGUUGUCGGAAGACGCGUCGCAUCUUUGAUCUUCGAACCGUCCUACAUCGUUUUCGAAUAGAACGAUGAGGACGACUACGCUUAGCAGAUUAAUCAGAAUUGGUCUGCACAUUUUCGGUGUGUGGCCGUAUGUAUCAUCUACCGUGCUGUUUAGAUUGUACUGGAUCGUAAUGCUGAGCACAGCUCAGGUUUUUCAGUAUCGCUACGUGGUGGUGAACAUUCAUAUGGACGAUUUCUCCCAAUUCAUGGACGGAGUGAGCAGCGCAAUGGCAUCUUCUCUCCUCUUCAUCAAACUCAUUAUCCUGUGGAUUAAUCAGCGAGUUCUCUGCUAUCGAAAAUACCGUAAACUCAGAAAUGAAAAAGUUCUUUAACUGGGAAAGAUUUUUUAACUGGGUCUAUGAAUAAACAUUUGCAAAGGACUGUUCUAACUAACAUGGAUUUUGGAUUGCGAUAUGGACUAUCAAUACAUUUUUGCAAAUGACCGUUGUAACUAUUAAUAUGGAUUUUUGAUUUCGCUUAUAGUUUACUGAUAUACAUUGAAGAUGGUCUAACGAAUAGACCGAAACGUUUGUUGAUUGAUUUGUACUCAAAUUAAAUUGUCAUAAUAUAUCGUUCAAAAUUAGAAGAAU